AUGUCAGAUUCUGAAGAGGAUCGGACACACGGUGAGAGUCGGAGCUCUGCACCUGCAGCCUCGAGUGUUCAGGCAGGAUUCCCUCAGAGGGAGAGAUCCGGACUGGGAAGCAGACAGAGAAACGUGGGAAGAAACUCUCUCCAUUUCCAGAUGGCCAUGCAAAACCCUCAAACCUCUCAAGCAGAUCUCAUCUUCUCCCUGCUGUCCAUGAAUAACUGGUAUGAUGUCAGUCUGGUGAUGUGUCAACAGAUGAAUAUUUCAGACUUUGUUUUCUUGCUCCAUAACAACUCCAAAUUUCAUCUGGGGACAGUUCUCAAGAUAUCCACCAAUGGCAGCUCCAAAAGUGACUUUCAAAUGUCCCUGCAAGUUCAACUAGAGUCCAUUAAGGACUCGACAUCUACUAUAGUGACCUUUGGAUGUGACAUCAGGGAUAUAAGGCGAAUCUUUACUACCAUUGCAAAGUUUGGUCUGAUUCUUCCUGAUUACCACUGGAUUAUAGGAGACUCUCAGAAUGUGGAGGAAUUGCGGACAGAGGGGCUGCCCAUGGGUCUUCUUGCACAUGGUGGCAUGGGUGAGCACUCGCUGGAUCAUUACGUCCAGGAUGCUUUGGAGCUGGUGGCACGAGCGGUGGGAUCGGCUGCCAUUGUGUCUCCAGAACUGGCUCUGAUUCCUGGCAUCACAAAUUGCCUGGCAAGUCUUGAAACUAAAAAUCUCACAUCAGGAACCUUUCUGUCCAGAUACAUGGCCAGCACGUCUUUUGACGGCCUAAGCGGCUACGUCAAUGUUCAGGAGGAAUCAACCAUCAUCUCUGAAAGCCAUCACUUCAUCUGGAAUCUCCAGCAUGACCCAAUAGGCAAGCCAAUGUGGACGCGCCUCGGCAGCUGGAAGCAAGGCAGAGUGGUUAUGGAUUAUGGAGUUUGGCCUAAUAAGAGACAGUCUCAGACAGGAGUGGACUGGAGGCAUUCCUCGCGUCUACACUUGCGCGUCGUCACCCUGGUAGAACAUCCAUUUGUCUUCACCCGAAACGUUGAUGAAGAAGGCCUGUGCCCUGCUGGUCAGCUGUGCCUUGAGCCCCUAACAAAUGACACAGCCUUAUUGGAAAGCCUUUUUAAGGGUUUGCAAGGUGCCAACGACAGCGUCCCCAUGGAGUUUAAAAAAUGUUGUUAUGGAUAUUGCAUUGAUCUUUUGGAGAAGCUGGCGGAGGACAUGGGCUUUGACUUUGACCUCUACAUCGUGGGAGAUGGGAAAUAUGGAGCUUACAAGAAUGGUCGCUGGACGGGGCUGGUCGGGGACCUCAUGAGCGGAGCGGCACAUCUGGCUGUCACUUCCUUUAGCAUCAACUCAGCACGCAGUCAGGUCAUCGACUUCACCAGCCCCUUCUUCUCCACCAGUCUGGGAAUCCUCGUCAGGACUAGGGAUACGGCCGCUCCCAUCGGCGCCUUCAUGUGGCCCCUGCACUGGAGUAUGUGGCUGGGAAUAUUUGUGUCUUUACACGUGACGGCCGUGUUCCUGACCUUGUACGAGUGGAAAAGCCCAUUCGGCAUGACUCCGAAGGGAAGGAACAGGGACCGUGUCUUUUCUUUCUCCUCUGCGCUAAAUGUUUGCUACGCAAUCUUAUUCGGCAGGACUGCCUCCAUUAAGCCGCCAAAGUGUUGGACCGGCAGAUUCCUCAUGAACCUCUGGGCCAUUUUCUGUUUGUUCUGUCUUUCCACAUACACGGCUAAUCUCGCCGCUGUCAUGGUUGGUGAGAAAACCUACGAGGAACUCUCAGGUAUUCAUGAUCCCAAGCUCCACCAUCCAUCACAAGGUUUCCGCUUCGGAACUGUUCGGGAGAGCAGCGCUGAGGACUAUGUGAAAAAAAGCUUCCCAGAGAUGCAUGAAUACAUGAGACGAUAUAAUGUCCCUGCAACCCCUGAUGGGAUAGAUCUUCUUAAGGAUGAUCCCCAAAAGCUGGAUGCUUUUAUAAUGGACAAAGCACUUUUAGACUAUGAAGUGUCUAUUGAUGCAGACUGCAAGACGCUGACAGUGGGAAAGCCUUUUGCGAUUGAAGGCUAUGGUAUUGGGCUCAAACAGAACUCUCCUCUCACCUCAAAUAUCUCUGAGCUGGUCAGUCAGUACAAAUCUGAUGGAUUUAUGGACAUGCUGCAUGAUAAGUGGUAUAAGGUGGUACCCUGCGGUAAAAGAAGCUUUGCAGUCACAGAGACGUUACAGAUGGGGAUAAAGCACUUCUCAGGGUUAUUUGUCAUGCUGUGCGUUGGAGUGGCCCUGUCUCUGCUCACCACACUGGGUGAACACAUCGUCCAUCGCUGGCUGAUACCCAGAAUGCAGCAGUCAUCACAGCAUAAAUACUGGCUUCACACCAGUCAACGAUUACAUCGAGCACUUAACCCGACUUUCAAAGAAGACAAAUUACAGACGGUUGCAACACCGGAGAAAAGCUGCAAUGUUGGAAACAACCAGCAAAUGCCGUGGAACUCUUUGGGAACCUCCAACUGCAACAGACGAAAACUGUCCAGUCAAGAGGGACAACAAAAUGACCUGGAAUGUUCUCACUGUAAAGAGCUGCUGUCCCCACAGGACAAGAGACAGCUUCCCUUACAGACCACAUCGAACGGAAGAACCGACUUGCUGGACCUUUCCCAGAACCCCAUAGUACAGGAACUGACAGACCUGGAAACACAAAUCCAGCUCAUCAAAAAGCAACUACAGCUUGCCAUGAAGAAGAAAAAAGACCUGGAACAGUAUCAGAAGACAAAGACUUCAAUCGAGUCCUAG